AGUCCCGCAGCGGCCGCGGUGGGUGCGCCCCGCGGUGAGCGCCCCGGGCCCCAGGCCGAGCUGCCGGCGAGACGGCGCCCGAGGGGUGCGCGCCCCGGCCGACCCGCGAGCGCCAGCCCGGGACUGUGCGCCCCGAAGCCGGGCGGUGCGCCGGCCUCCCGCCGCUCGCCAAGGAUUCCCUGACAAAUUUUACAGACUUACUGGAUGAAGAGUGCCUGAGAGACUGACAGUCAGCAUUCCCGAAGAUGGAGAAGACAGAUGCCAGAGACCAGUCCUCCCAUGGUGAUGAAGAGAAAGCCCCUCCAAAGAGCCACCCCUACUCCGUGGAGACCCCGUACGGCUUUCAUUUGGACCUGGACUUCCUCAAGUAUGUGGACGACAUUGAGAAGGGAAACACCAUCAGAAGGAUUCCUAUCCACAGGAAGGCCAAGCAGGCCAAGUUCAGCACCUUGCCCCGCAACUUCAGCCUUCCUGAUGGCGGGGCUCGCCCCCAUGCCACUCUUCCCUACCAGAGCUGGGCCCCAGUGGUGACAAGGAAGGUGUCGCUAGGGACCGAAGAGAGAGCCCAGUCAGUGCCGCUUGGGGAUCACACCCAAGCUUCCGCUGGCGACAGUGAAUUGAGCUACCACAGGAAGGCCCUGCUGGCCGAAACCGCCAGACAGCUGGAGGCUGCUGCCCCCAGGGAAGCUGAGCUCACCUCCGGGAGUGGACGGCCCCAACUUCUGAGAGCGUCCAGCAUGCCAGCCGCACUGCUGCAAAACAGGGCCUCAGAGGACCCAAGCCUAAACUCAGGUCACCCUCCACCCCCUGUCCUCCCUUCACUGCAGGGCGAAGGCAGCUUCUGUGGGGGCACCUUUGGCCCCGCAGAAGGAUUUGCAGGUUUUCACAACUCCACUCCACGAGCAGAGACCCAACCAAAAGUCAGAGAGUUUGGAGACCUGGUGCCAGGGAUUCCAGAGCUGGUACGGGAGGGGGCUGAGUCUCCAGAAGGUGAAGAAGGGGCUCCAGAUCAUCUCUCUUUCCCAAGUCCUCCUUUCUCACCCCAGAAUGCACUUGUAGUUCUAGAAGGUGCAGAGGAUGAACACGAAACCAGAGAAGCUGAGGUGGUGGUCUCUCCGGGGUCCCCAACACCAAGUCCCCCGCCUCUGCCAUCACCCAUUCCUGAGAAUGAGCUCCCCCUAGAAGAAAUUGAGCUCAGCAUCAGUGAGAUCCCACCCCCGCCACCUGUGGAGGUAGACAUGAGAAGCAUCGGAGUCCGGGUCACGGAGGAGAGCCUGGGCCUUGCCUCACUGGAUCCCAGCAGCAUCUCCAGCCUGAAGCAGCAGCUCUCCAACCUUGAGGGCAAGUUGUCUGGAAGAACUGAGGAGCUGGCCCAGGUCAGAGCUGCCCUCCAGCAGCAGGAGGAGGAAAUCAAGGCCAGAGGCCAGAGGAUUCAAGAGCUGGAGUGCACUGUAGCUCAGUUAGCAGAAAAGCUGAGCCGUGAGCACUCCAAAGAUGCUCAGAGCCAGGCUGAUGCCACGGUCAACACUGACCCUCUCCAGGGGCCCUUGACCAGGGAGUCAUGUGACAAGAGCAUUGGGGUCAACCUUCUGGGCAGUACAGGAUCUGAAAGCCGGGGGGCUGGAGGAGAGGAGAAUGGCCUCCCGCGGGGGCAAGAUGGUCACAAAUGGGGGGGUCAGAGCCCAGCAGAGCUUGUGCCACCACCGCAGCUGUCACUGCCGCAGGGACCUGAGAUGGUCCUCACCCCCUCUUUACAUAGCUGCCUGUCCACGGAGCUCAGGAUUGAAGAAGCAGGCCCUCAGCAGGAAGGAGGCCCCCAGGUGGGAGCCGAGGGUCUGGCCAGGAGAGCAGGAGGCUGUCCAAGGAGCAGCGACAGAAAGGCUCCUCCAGCAGGGAGGGAGGAGGCCAGGUCAGAGCUCCCAGGGAAGGAGCGCCCGGGAAGGCCACCCAGCUCGCCCACAGACGCCACUAUUGGGCAAUACGUUAAGAAGAUCCAGGAGCUCCUGCAGGAGCAGUGGAGCUGCCUGGAGCACGGGUACCCGGAGCUGGCAAGCGCCAUCAAGCAGCCCGCCUCCAAGCUCAGCAGCAUCCAGAGCCAGCUGCUGAGCUCCCUCAACCUGCUGCUGUCUGCCUACUCAGCCCAGACUCCGCCCCAGAAGGGGCCCCCUGCCCCCUCUUCCUCUCCACCAAUGGAGAUCUCCCCGUCGACCAGCCUUAAAUCCAUAAUGAAAAAGAAAGACUAUGGCUCCCGUGCAGGAGGUAAUGGGACCAAAAAGAACCUUCAGUUUGUUGGGGUUAACGGUGGCUACGAGACCACCUCAAGUGAGGAGACCAGUGGUGAGGACAGCUCCCCGGAAGACUUGUCUGACAGUGAGGCUGAGAAGAAAGGUGAUGUCCCAAAACACAGGCGGGACAGGAGUGCCCACCCCAGCUGCAGGGCGGGGCAGGGCAUCCCCGAGGGCACCCACAGCACAGGCCGGGACAGCAGGCCUGGGGAAGAGCUCCCCUACCCCAGGGCUGAGAGAUUCAAACCCUCAGAGGAAUUCCUUAACGCAUGCCGGGCAUUGAGCCAACAUCUGCCAGAAACUGGGAGCACCACCGACCUACCCUUGAGGCAAAGCUUGAACACCAUCAGUCAAGAGUGGUUCCGCGUCUCUAGCCGGAAGUCGUCCAGCCCUGCUGUGGUGGCCGCCUACCUCCGCGGGGUCCAGCCUCACUCCCCACACUUCCUAAAGCUGCUUGUCAACUUGGCUGAUGGCAACGGGAACACAGCCCUUCACUAUAGCGUGUCCCACUCCAACUUCCCCGUCGCGAAGCUGCUGCUAGAGACAGGCGUCUGUAAUGUGGACCGUCAGAACAAAGCUGGCUAUACUGCAGUGAUGAUCACUCCCUUGGCUUCUGCAGAGGCUGAUGAAGACAUGGCUGUUGUCUGGAAGCUCUUAAGAGAAGGAAAUGUGAACAUCCAAGCUACUCAGGGAGGCCAGACGGCGCUGAUGCUGGGAGUCAGCCACGACAGGGAGGACAUGGUCCAAGCACUGCUGAGCUGCCAGGCAGAUGUUAACCUGCAGGAUCAUGAUGGAUCCUCAGCUCUCAUGCUGGCCUGUCACCGUGGCAACGCUGACAUAGUGCGGCUGCUCCUGGCACACCCGGCCUGUGACAGCAGCCUGACUGACAAGGGUGGCCGAACAGCUCUGUCCAUCGUUCUGAAAUCACCCGCCCAUGUGGAAAUUGCAGGGCUUCUGCAGGCCCACGCAGAGCAGGGCAGGUCCCUGGGGCCUUAGGGGCUAGGGAAAAACUGGCAGUUGAG